AUGGUGCGCCAGACGUUCGCAGAACUGUCGGUGGACUCUGUGCGUGAUGUGCUUGCCCGGUUGCAGGAUGUGAAGGGAGGGGAAGAAGACGCAGUGCAUAACAGCAAGAAGCGCCCGCGUGCCACAAGAGACGGCGCCGUCUCGACAUCGUCAUCCGCCGCCGUAGUGCCACUGCCGUACCCUGUCGGUAGUAGCACACUGCAGGUGACAGGCGUGCACGUUUCCCUGCAGGAGGUGGAGCAGGCAGAGGCCCACGCGGGGGGCGACGUCGGGGACCUCGUUGUCCUGCUUCGCGCGCACGUCAAGGGGAGGCUUGACCCGGUGGCACGCGUCUUCACGGUGGCGGCGAUGCGGCUUGCCGCCGACCCCGGCGCAGGGCGGACCACCGGAGCUAAAGGCGGGCCUCGCGAGGACAAACAUCGUGCGGCGGGGCCGGCAACGGCGUCAGCCGCGUCCCCUUCGCCGGGGAAACUACGCCGCCCGGCGCGCACUGCCUUCGCCCAACUUGACCUCCGGCUGCAGUCGGAGCGGGUGGGCUUCUCCGUGCAGCUGCUCCCGGCGGGGCCCAGGCGUGCGCCGCCGCCUCCGUCGCCGAGGUCGCUGCCGCCACGCGGCGGCAGUAGCGCGGGCGGCGGCUCGCUGCGGGUGGUAGUCGUCGGUGUCAUCUCCCCGCUGCUGCCGUGA